AUGUCGACCAAUGACCAAAGAUGGGACGAUUCGUACAAGUUCCUUUGGUACAACAAUAACGGGCCAUGGUCGGUUCGAUUUACCGCUUGGUAUACGGCAGGUUUACUUCACCGUAACCAGGGCAAUGAUGUUGAUAAUGCCAAGGCCGCCUUGAAAAACAUUUUGGCCACUCAGAUGACUGAAAACUUCACUUCCGCUUGGUAUGGUGAUUUCAAGUUAUCUCCUGAUGAGCCAAACCCACAAACUCCUCUUUAUACACCGGCAAUCUAUAGCUCUUAUGAUCCAAACUGGCGCGAGUUCAUUGGUUCACAACUGGUCCAAGUGAUUGAAGAGUUUGAAGACUUGCUCGGCCCUGCGCUCGUAGCCGAAAUCGAGACAGCGAUGGUUUUUGCUGCUGUAGGGGCGAUGCGACGGAACGGUACCGACCCAGAUAAUCUCGUACUAGCCUAUUCAAACCCAGCCUACAUGCGAGCUCUGAACGUCGGGUGGAUCGGAUCUCGCUUGGGAAACCAAACAUUCAUCGACUUCGGCAACUCUCAAGGCAAUCAGUUGUUCGAUCUAUUCAGCAAGAGCGGCGUCAACACAAUGGGAGAGUACAACGCGCCCAACUACUACGGUAUGGACUUUUGGGCUCUCGGCGCCAUGGCAAAGUACGGCCCCCGUAACGCAACAUUUACGAAAUAUGCUCCAUUGAUCAUGGCGCACCUUUGGGACGACAUCGCUGACCAUUACAAUCCAUAUCUUGGCAACAUGGUUGGCCCCUACGACAGAGCCUAUUCCCGAGACAUGACUGCCCACAACGCUAUCCUUUCCCUGUACUUCUGGGGUAUCUUCGGAUACGGCCGACUCGCGCAGACCCCUAGAGGGGAGUUGGACUUGGACUUCGACAUUACACAGGGCGCGGCAAUGGCUCUCAUAAUGGACGACGUGUCAAGGGCUUUGUCCUCAGAUACCAAGGCGAAGCUUCUCACACCCUUCAAGACAGAGCGUUUGCUCAACAAGACCGUCUACUACGAUCUCGAGACCGAAAGGCACAGAGUCGCGACCUCAUGGCUGAGCAAGCCGCUCAUGAUCGGCGGGCAGGUCCUUGCCGAAUCCGUGGCCCGCGGCAAGCAAUUCGUGCCUGCCAUCGUCCACUGGGCCUCCGACCCAAGACACCAGCCCUUUCCGCUCAACGGCCUCUUCAGCCUGUAUCCCACGGCGACCACCAUCCACGCUGUCGCCUCGCGCCAUAGGCUCGAAAUCAGCUACCCCAACGCUACGCAGGCGGGCGCCGACUCCUUCCAAUUCCUCCUCUCCGGCUUCCCGCCGCCCUGGAUCCGCGCCGGCAAUGCCGUCGACGGGUUCCGCAACGUGCCUUGUCUGGAGGUCAACGUCACCGCGCCGGGGUUGCAGGAGCGGCCGACGGUCUAUGGAUCGUCCAUCUACGGCUCGUACUACUACAACAUAACCUAUGUGGUGCCGUUGAAUUUCUCGGGCGUGCCCUCGAUCGCGUUUGAUCUGGCCUAUACCUGCUAG